AAGGGCCAUAAUUGAAACUUCGGAUAGCAAACUCAGCUCUUUGGGCCGGUAGAAACAGACGUUAAAAAUGGCGGUCUACGGCGCCUACUCUACUUUCCUUAGCCUAUGCCGUCGUCACCAUCACCGGCACCGCUAUCAUUCAUUUAUUUCAUCUCCGCUGCACACGUAUCACAACAUCACCGGAUUCUUAUUUUGUUUCAGUAAUGAUCGGCCGAUGAGCACUAGCGCGGAGUCGGUGGAGCCACCGGAAUUGUCCGGUAGGAACGCUUACGACCUCCUAGGGGUUUCUGAGUCUUGCAAUUUUGCUGAAAUUAAAGCUUCUUUUCGGAAAUUGGCAAAGGAAACUCAUCCCGAUAUUUCUCAAUCGCCCGAUGGAUUUUCUAAUUCCAACCGAUUCGUUCAAAUUCUUGCGGCUUAUGAGAUACUGUCAGAUACUGAAAAGAGAGCUCACUACGACAGGUAUCUAUCAUCUCAAAAAUUAGCUUUCCGGAAACCCUCACGACAAGGUUUGGCAAUGUACACAUAUGAAUCCUAUGAAGCAACAGAGAAGCAGAUGGAAGUUGUUGAAUGGUUAAAAUGGUAUAGAUAUGCCAUAAAUGAUAUUGUAUCAGAGAAAAGGAUGGUGGAUGGAACAGGCUACUUUGAUAUACUGGAAAACAAUUUUUACUCUGCCAUACAUGCAGCAUAUUAUGGCCCUUUGAUUCAGUCAAUGAACUUCCUUCCUGAUUGUUUUGAAGCUGAUGAAAGGUCUGUGCCUGGAACUCAUGAGGUGCUGCAUCUGGUUUCUGGGAGGGACCUUUUUGGGAAGGUGUGCAUAGCUAAAAAGGUUCCUGAAUUAUCACAUGCCUGCAAUGAACAACUUCCAUUGCACCAAAGUGCGAGUUUGGACGUGAGCUACACUGAUCAUGAUUAUGGGACUCGAAUUAGUUCGGAGGAAACUUCUGUUGGAAGCUGUCAGAAGCAAGUCAGAAUUUCUGGUCACCACACAUGUGAUGCAUACAAAGAUCUAGAGUUGCAUGUAUCCGGAAAACUUGUUGCUGUGGCGAAUAGAGUCCCACCAAAGAGUUCCACCAUUGACAUGCCAAAUGAAGAUUGUCAAGAUCGCAUACAUGUUUAUCUUAAUCUACAUGAGGACCAUAUGCUUUCAGGUGCUGAGUUCAAUAAAUAUUCUGAGGAAGAUGCAGUUGCAUCCAGGAUGCUCUUAGGAACUAUAACUGGAUUAGGGACCAGUGCCGAAGAAGGGUCUUGUUUUGUCCACAAUAAUUAUGGUAUACAGACUCAUGUGGUUAUGAAGCAUCGGACACUGCUGGUGAAACAUAUGCACUGGUAUCAACUGGGAGAUGAGGCUUCUGUUUGUGAAUGUAGAUGCACUAGAGCUCGGUUACCACCAAGCAAGUACUGGUUAUUUGAGCCUCGUUCUGGCUUGCAUGACAUUGGCGGUUGGUAUGUUGAGACAUAUGGGAAGGAUAAGAAAGGAAAGACUGUACCAUCUCAGAGGUAUUGGGAUGGUGUUGACUUAACUGAACCUUCUGGAAGGAGGGUUCAUCCAGCCAUUUACUUGCUAGCUCUUGCUUACCGAACUUUAGAUAUAGAAGACGCCAAGAGAAAAAAACAAACGUUUAAAGAUAUAAUUGAAGGAAAAAUAUCUGAAAUAUACAAUUGGGGCAAAAAACUUAUGCAGGAAGGAAUGCACAUGUAAUUUCUGGCUUGGCAGAUGCAUAUCCUGCACCGUGAUUGUAUGGCAAAUGGCUAAAUGUUUUCCAGUGGAUUAUAUAUCUUCUACAAAAUUGGCUAUCAUAUUUGGAGAACUUGAGAAUUCCCAUCAGCUAUGCUGAUCAAGAAUAUCUAUAUGUACAGUGGAGGUAAGGAACUAAGGAAGAGCCAUCCGAUGUGUUAUACCUUAAUUUAUGGACGAUGAUAGUUGUUAAGGAACCCAUCAACAAUGUUUCUGGCAUUUGCUUAAUAAAUGUGACAUACGUGAAGUUAGUUGCAAGCAUCAUCAUGCAUGUUGUUUCUGCCUCUAUGCCAAGAAUUAACCACUUGUGGUAUCAUAUGAAGUUUUCAUUCCUUUGGACAUUCGGUGACACCAUUUAGUGAUAACACCAAAAACAAAGAGAUCUGAAAGAAAAGUAUAUCUAGUUCCGUCUGUCCAUGCAACUGCUGCUGUUGUUGGAGGCUAGUUGAAGAAGGGAGUAAGCAAGGUUUUUUCCUGGUUUCCUGUAGUUUGUAUUUGUAAAAUCAUGCGAUCCAAGUAUCUCGUAAUGUAAGCAAGAAAUACUUGAAAGAUGGCGAUUCCUGUUUAUACUUUUAAUACUAUAUAUACGUCUAUACAAAUGACACAGCAUUCUAGUUGCAUGCUAAUAUUAGUCUGCCCAUCAAUGUAACCUUUCUUCAUUUCUUCAAGUUCUAUGUCUUUGCUGUCU